AGCGUUCUUUGCGAUGACCUCAUCCCUGGUGUGGGAUGACGUCAAAUUCAAGAUGGAUGGAAUCACGACCAGCGCGCAGAAAUCUACACAACACUGAAUAAAGUCGCGGCCGUGCGGAGGAAAUACGGUGUUGACGACGGGCAGGCCAUGGAGAGCCUAGUGCAUUACAGCAAUCCCUCCCAUGCCCUCUCAGUGUUAGGGGUUCUGAACGAGCAGCGCCUGCGGGGCCAGAUGUGUGACGUAGUCCUGGUUGUGGCAGACCAGAGGUACCAGGCCCAUAAGAGUGUUCUGGCCGCCACCAGUGAGUAUUUCCAGUCCCUGUUCACACGGAUGGAUGCAGAGUCGCUGAGAGUUGUAAACCUGGACUUCUGUGAGCCGGACGCCUUCGAGAUAGUUCUGAAUUACAUUUACUCCUCCUCACUUUUUGUGGACAAAGGCAGCCUGGCAGCCAUUCAAGAGCUGGGCUACAGCCUUGGAAUCCCUUUCCUCACCAACAUUGUGUCAACAAGGCCACACGCAUCCUACUGCGUGUCUAGAAAAAGGCUUUCGUUCACAGAAGGGGAUGAGAAUGAUGUCCAGACAAGGAGCGUCAUUGUGCGUCGGGUUCGAAAUGACACAACCCAUUCCUCUCGCUCAAAUUAUCAGAGAAAAACAUCAGAGAGAUCAUCAUCUCCCCACUCCACCCGAGAGUCAGCUCUGCCUCCAUCAGAACACAACUCAUAUGAAUCGGUCAGAGACUCUGAAUCCAUCAGCAGGAAAUCAUCGGAGCAGAGUGAAGCUGCCGAAAGAAAGCCCACCUAUCCGUACUCCUCCAUAUUAAAAGGGAAUUCAUCUCAUGUCACAUCUGUUAGGCCCCAGCUGACAUCAUCUGUGUCUUUCAGUGAUGCUGAAGUGCAGCACAUCAGGUUGCAGUCUGGCACUGACCAGGACGCUAAAGAGGAGAAUGAGGAGCUAGAGCCCCACUAUCGCACCAAAGUGCCCUUUCAGGGUCAGCCCACUGAGCCAAGCCAGACCAUUGACAGGAGCGGGCCACUCAUAAAAAGCCUACUCCGAAGAUCAUUAUCCAUGGACAGCCCCGUUCCAGUCUUCUCGCCCACGCUGGAGCUCAAGGAGCUGCAAAAUCGUGAACAGUCAGUUGUUAAAAUGGCAUCAAAGGCAUCUGGGUCGGAAACAUCUGCUCACAAUGGCAAUUCAAAAAGAACAUCCCCCCUGGUUCUCAGGUCAAAGUACCCCAGCAGGUAUGAUGAAAAAACUCAGGUAGACAGAGAAGUCAGUGUGAAAGCUGAGCCCAGCAGUCCACUCGCUGACCCCAUGGACAUUAUUCGAAUCACAGUUGGAGAUGCAUUGCCAGUCAAUCUUAAAGACUUGCAGACAAAUUACGACCAAGGUUCCAAGCCUGACUUCAGUCCUUUUGGGAAAAGAAAGGACAGGCCAGACAACAGAAGGUACCCGUUCAAGAAGAGCAAAAUAUUUAAAGAACAACCCCUCUCACUGGACGAGGACGUGUCAGAAACAGUACCUCAGAGUGCCAGCAGCGACUCUAAUGAAAACAGUGGGGAGCAGCCUCAGAACAAGAUUUUUAAAUGCUGGAACUGUUUAAAGGUUUUCAGGUCCAGCGCUGGACUGCAUCGUCAUGUAAAUAUGUAUCACAACCCUGAAAAGCCGUAUGCUUGCGACAUCUGCCACAAGCGCUUCCAUACCAACUUCAAAGUGUGGACUCACUGCCAAACUCAGCAUGGUGUAGUACAAAACCCAGCCUCGUCCUCCAGCUCCUCCGUACUGGAUGAGAAAUUUCAAAAGAAGUUGAUAGAUAUUGUGCGAGAGAGGGAGAUAAAGAAAGCCCUGCUGUGGAAGCUGAAGAGGAAUAAGCAGGGCCUGCAAUCUCCUGCACUCACCAAAAAGAGAUCAAGACCCAGCUUUAUAUGCCCUUACUGUGGGAAAGUAUUUGUGUUCCAGUCUCAGUACAGACAGCAUUUAAGGACACAUCCUGCUGAAAAGGCUGAUCAGGACACAGCGGAUGAAGGCAUCCUCUACCAGGAGCAGGAUGAGAACAUUCAACAGAAGAACGCAGACGCUGGUGUUUUCUCCUGUAGACUCUGUAAUAUGAAGCUGUCUUCACUCUUCGAGCAGGGCGACCAUGAGAGGGGCUGUCGACACGCAACUGUAUGCCCCUACUGCGGCCUCCGAUUCUCAAGUCCGACGGUCAAGAAGGACCACGAGGCACAUUGUAAGUACAAGAAACUGACGUGCCUGGAGUGCAUGCGGACCUUCAAAUCUUCCUUCAGCAUAUGGCGCCACCAGGUGGAGGUCCACAACCACAACAUGAUGACAAUUAAAGACCAGAUUCACCUGAGGCAGCAAGAGAACAGUGAAGAGGCGUCUGAGAUGCUCGUUGACGAGCAUUAUAAUGACGAGCCUCUAGCACCGGGAAGCUCAAGAGAGAACAUCGCUUACAGUGACUCCUCAGGUCCGCCCAUGUACGAUUCAGAAGACUCCUCAUCCUAUGUGCCUGAGGACCUGAGCAUGGGCCAUCACGGCAAGCUGGUAGUAAAAGAAGAGCCAUUAGAGGAGGCCGUGAGUGAAAUGGAAAACGCAGAGUCUGCCAAAUCUGGGCCUGAGGAACCCGGUGUGUGGCCAUGCGAGAAAUGCGGAAAUCUUUUCAGCUCUCGCAAAGACCUGGAACGCCACCAGGAGCUGCUAUGCCACAUCAAACCGUUCAUCUGUCACAUCUGCAACAAAGCCUUCAGGACCAACUUCCGCCUUUGGAGCCACUUCCAGUCCCACAUGUCGACUGCUAACGAACCUGGAGCCAAAGAGAUCGACAGACACCCCUCACCUCUGUCUCCCUCCCCUCCCACGACCCCUCAAAACACCGACCGCCCCUCCCCGCAGGCCUCCGUGCUCAAAUCCACCCAGACGGCGCCAGUAGCCGCAGCAAUGGCUGAGGAGUCCAGCAGCCCAGAGCCCUGUAGCUCAUCAGUAAGCAAGACGAAGAGGCCUGAACUCGAACGGCAAGCCAGCAGCCACAGCCCUCUGUCAAGGUCGAACAGCGUGGAGAACCCAGGUGGCCCUCAGGAAUCAGACACACUCUUUUACCAUGCACCAUCUCUCUCUGCCCUGACGUUUAAGAGGCAGUACAUGUGUAAACUCUGUCACAGGACCUUCAAGACGGCCUUUAGCCUCUGGAGCCACGAGCAGAGUCAUAGCCACGUGUAAGCAUCAGACAAGUUACAAAGUAGUGCAUUUCUCAUGAAAGACAAUAUUUAAUAUUAGAAUCAGACACCUCAGCCUAUGAAAGGAAGACUUUGAAUGUAUAGCUUAUUUGCUUGCCUCCAAUGUCAUAUAUAUUGAAGUGGCCAUGUUCAUUAGAGGUGUAAACGUGAAUGUGCAAUCAAGUGCUAGAUUCCUCUGUGAGACGAGAUGAUUAUAACUGGUUUAUUUUCCUUUCAAAAUGAGCUAUAAGCAUUUAUCUAUUUGAAACCUCUUUUAGUUGUCUAAUUGUAUUAUCUAUCUUGGUGUUUGAGAAAACAAGGUACAGAGUUGCACCCUCAUUUCUUCAGCUGUACCGUGUUUGACUUAAAGGUCCAGUGUGUAGGAUUUAGUGGGAUUUAUUGACAGAUAUGGAAUACAAUAACUAUGUUUUCUGAAAAAUAAUGACAUAAUUGUUACCGUAGAAUGAGUGAUUAUAUCUACAUAGGGAGCGGGUCCUCAUCCACAGAGAUCGCUAUGUUUUUACGGUAGCUUAAAACAUAUAAACCAAACACUGGCUCUAGAUCGGGCCAUGCACGUUUUCACAUCGGCCACAGUAGUUAGCAGCCCCUCUAUAACGAGAGCAACAGAAAAACAGCUUUAUUCAGUGUUUUACUUAUUUAAAUCAACUAUCAACUAUCAAAUCAACUAUGAAAAGAAAAAAGGAGAGCACACAUUAGCAGGUGCUGGGCUACCGACCCGUCUCUGACAUGCCAAACAGCAUUGUAAAAACACAGAUGUAUAACAAUAAACUGUUUUAUUCAGUUUUUUACCAGUUUAAAUUACUGGAUCCAUUUGUUUUGGAGAGGAAGAGUCCUCUGUGGAUAAUUCGGCUCCCACUAAAAUCCUCCUGAACACCUGGAUCAAAAAUAAGGUGAACACACAUUAGGUUAUCAGAGGAAAUAGGCGAGCACACAUUACCAGGUGUUGGGCUAGUGGCCCUUCCCCGCCAUGCCAAACAGCAUCAGAAAAACACUGAUUUGUGACGUGAAACUGCUUUAUUCAGUGUGUUACUGGUUUUAAUCACCAGGACUGUGUGUUUUGGAGAGGAGGAGACCUCUGUGGAUAAUUCGGCUCUAGGUACAAACCUCCUGAAUGUUUGGAUCUUAGGUUAUCAGAGAAAAAAAAGGCGAACACACAUUAGCAGGUGCUGGGCUAGCCGCCUGUCUCCGACAUGCCAAACAGCAUUGUAAAAACACCGAUUUAUAACGUGAAACUGUUUUAUUCGGUUUUUGAAUAGUUUAAAUAAACAAGGCCUUUUGUUUUGGAGAGGAGGAGACCUCUGUGGAUAAUUCGGCUCCUGAAUAUCUGGAUCAAAAAUAAGGUGAACAUACAUUAGCAGGGCUAGUAGCCCAUCUGCGACGAGCCAAACAGCAUAAAAAAACUACUGAUUUGUAACAUAAAACUACUUUAAUUAGUGUGUUAGUGGUUUUAAUCACCUGGUCUGUCUGUUCUGGAGAGGAUAAUUCGGCUCCCAGUACCAAACAAUGAACACCAAAGGAAUUCUAACCAGGAGAAGCUUCAGCUGGUUGCAAUCUGCACAGCUACACAGCUACCACUAAAUCCCACUAAAUACCCCUAAAUCGUACACACUGCUCCUUUAAAGGUACAGCGACAACUAUAUACAUUGUUUUCACAGAGUGUGAAAAAACGUGGUCAAAUUUUUUGGAGGCUGCAGUUGAAUUACAGAAUAGUGAGUUUUGCUUUUGUAUCAGAUCUAUCUCUUGGUGUGAGUGGCAGGCAACCCUUAAAGUAACGUUGGUGGCCUCAACAAUGUUUUCAAUAUGCACUUUGUUUACCAGUUUGAUUCUGUCAGAGGGGGAUAGUCCAGAAUGUUUCCUCGGAUCAUUUCCCUCUUGGUGCAGACGUUUAAAUGAUAAAUAGGCCCAGUAGUUGCUGUUUUAUUUUUUCAUACUUUGCAUUCCUUUGCAUUAGCUCUUUCAUAUUUGAGUUUGCCUUCGCGUCAUUUUGUGUAAUGGGCCGAUUGAAUACGACGUUCAGUAUAAUGAAAACCUAUAUCACAGACACACCUCAGAUACUUGUUGUUUUAGGCCUAACAUUUCAGUAUGCAGCCGAGAUCAAUUGCUUACAGCCUUCACUCAGUACUUAUAAUUUAUCUUCCUAAGUACUAGCCUGGUGAAUAAUUUCUAUGUGUAUACAAUAUGUGUAUACAAAUUAAUGAGUUUGUGCAAUCAAAAAGUCAUAAGGUUUCACAGGUAAAUGAUCAUGAAUAAUUGCUGAUAAAACUCAUUUGUAAAAGGUGCUCACAUCAGCUUACUAACAAAAGUGAAAAUAAUGGGCUUGGUUGAUUUGAUAGUAUCCGAAAUACUAGAUAACAUCAUUCAAGUAUUUGGCUCUUUACAUCACAUCUGAAAUAUUUAUAGCAAGCAAACUUCCUGAAGAAUGUUCAAAAAGCACAUUGCAGCGUAGUAAUGGAAUUAUUAUACUCAAAUAAUAAAUACGACAAUAUUAUUUUGUUAUAUAUUAGACAUCGUCACAAUUUCCAAAUCACUAAAGUCCACCACCCCAGUGCAACACCAUUGUGGUAAUUAACCAAGCUUUACAAUGCUUCGAUGGCCUUAUGCAACUUUGGAAAUAUUGUGUCGUUAUUAUUUUACAUGAAAGCACAAUAGAGAUUCAGAUGACUUAUGACUCAGGCUUUUCAAGAAGAGGGAGGCAUGAGAAAUCUUUUAUCCUACGGAUGGUGAGAAAGUGCUCCUGCUUCCUAAAGAUUUAUUAUUAAAGAUUGUGUUGAUUGUAUUCCAGUUGUUUCACAAUUGUAUUCUUGUACAAGUAUAUACUUCUGCUUUGGCUUGAUGGAUUAGACCUUCGUCAUAAAUUAUUAUGAUUGCUACUAUUCGGGAGAUGUUGCAUUCAAAGAGUGCUCCACAAAGACUUACGGGAAUUUUGUUUUCCUCUAAAUGAGCAACGCGAGCUGCAUUGUGAUGUUAAAUUCUUUGGAGAAAUUCUGUAUUGAUAAUAGUGCUCUUAAUUUCUUGUGAUAAAGACUUUCUGAAAGUUUCACAGAAAUGAUUAGAAUUGUGUACAUGGAAGUGUUUGUAUCCUCGAUUUUGUACCAAUUUUGUUAGUAAACAAGAGUUUUAUCUUUUUAGUAUUCCUGUGCUCUCACUGCAAUAAUGAAUAUUUGUAUCAGCAUUGGUUGCAUUAUUGUUGCUUUUGGAAACUUGCAGCUGUUUUGUGUUUAGGUUUUUCUACAGUUUUUGUGCUUCAUUUCUGUAAUAAAGAGUAACAAUGGAGUAUAU